GGUCCCUCCUGCGCAGGCGCCAGAUGGGCCAGGAGCGCAAGGGGCUGCAGUCCCUAAAAGGACACCCACUGGUGAAGUUUUAAAAAUAUAAAUAUUUUGACAGGGCAAAAAUAUGAGGGUCCCUGUAUUUGAGGAUGUAAAGGAUGAACCUGAAGAGGAAAAAGCAGAGGAAGAAGAUGAAGAAGACAAGGGGUUCCUGAAGCCUGUUAUUGAAGACCUAAGUAUGGAACUGGCCCGAAAAUGCACUGAGCUCAUCAGUGACGUCCAUUAUAAAGAAGAGUAUAAAAAGUCUAAGAACAAGUGUACAUUUGUGACUGACACUCCUAUGCUCAACCAUGUAAAAAAUAUUGGUGCUUUUAUUUCUGAGGCGAAAUACAAAGGCAGGAUGAAGAUGGAGCUUUCCAACUCUCUCUACAAGCGGAUGCCAGCCACCAUCGACAGUGUCUUUGCAAGGGGAGUCUCCCAGCUUCAGAGCGAGGUCGCCUAUAAACAGGAACAUGAUGCUACCAGAGGACUCUCAGAUUAUGCCCGGAUGAAGGAGCCACCUGCGAUCAAACACGCCAUGGAGGUUACUAAACACCAAAGUGACAUUUCUUAUAGGAAAGACGUACAGGACACCCAUGCAUACACGGCAGAGCUCAACAGGCCGGAUAUCAAGAAGGCAACAGAGAUCUCCAGGAUCAUAAGCAAUGCAGCCUACAAGAAAGGGCAAGGAAUAAUGAAUAGAGAGCCUGCUGUAAUUGGAAGACCAGAUUUUGAACAUGCCGUGGAAGCUUCUAAACUUUCUAGUCAAGUUAAAUAUAAAGAAAAAUUUGAAAACGAAAUGAAGGGUAAGAAACAUCGUUACAAUCCCCUUGAGAGCGCUUCUUUUAGGCAGCAUCGGCUUGCGGCUGCUCUGGCGAGUAAUGUGAAUUACAAGAAGGACAUUAAAAAUAUACACGACCCGGUUUCAGAUCUCCCAAAUUUGUUGUUUUUAGACCAUGCCUUGAAAGCCAGCAAAAUGCUCAGUGGACGAGAAUAUAAAAAGCUGUUUGAGGAAAACAGAGGUGCAUACCAUUUUGACGCCGAUGCCACGGAACACCUGCACCACAGAGGCGUUGCUACGCUCCAGAGUCAGGUUAAAUAUAAAGAAGAAUAUGAGAAAAAUAAGGGCAAGUCAAUGCUUGAGUUUGUUGACACUCCGUCAUAUCAAGCUUCAAAGGAAGCUCAAAAGAUGCAAAGUGAGAAAGUUUACAAAGAGGAUUUUGAGAAGGAGAUUAAAGGACGGUCCUCCCUGGAUUUAGACAAGACUCCUGAAUUUUUACAUGUAAAGUACAUCACCAACCUUCUGAGGGAGAAGGAAUAUAAAAAAGAUUUGGAAAAUGAAAUAAAAGGGAGAGGGAUGGAACUUAAUUCAGAAGUUCUUGAUAUCCAAAGAGCAAAACGAGCAUCUGAAAUAGCAAGUGAGCAAGAAUACAGGAGGGACCUGGAGUCAAUAAUUAAAGGAAAGGGAAUGCAAGCCGGUGCCGACACCCUGGGAAUACAGCACGCCAGAAAAGCUGCUGAGAUAGCCAGCGAGAAAGACUACAAAAGAGACCUGGAGACUGAAGUUAAAGGGAAAGGCAUGCAGGUCAGCCCAGACACUCUCGAUGUCCAGAGAGCGAAGCGAGCAUCAGAGAUGGCCAGCCAGAAACAAUAUAAGAAAGACUUAGAAAAUGAAAUUAAGGGGAGAGGAAUGCAAGUGAACAUGGAUAUCCCAGAUAUGCUUCGAGCCAAGAGGGCAUCUGAAAUCUACAGCCAGAAAAAGUAUAAAGAUGAAGCAGAGAAACUGCUUUCUAACUAUUCCACUGUGGCAGAUACUCCUGAAAUGCAGAGAGUUAAGACAACUCAACAAAACAUUAGUUCGGUAUUUUAUAAGAAGGAAGUAGGAGCUGGCACCGCAGUAAAAGAGACUCCUGAGAUUGAACGAGUGAAGAAAAAUCAGCAAAACAUUAGUUCACUCCAGUAUAAAGAACAAAACUAUAAGUCCACACCGGUAAGCAUGACCCCAGAGAUAGAGAGAGUGAGGAGAAACCAGGAGCAGCUGAGUGCGGUCAAGUACAAAGAAGAGAUUAAACAGGCAACUCCUAUUUCUGACCCCCCAGAGCUGAAGAGAGUGAAAGAAAACCAGAAGAAUAUCAGUGAUAUAUAUUAUAAAGGUCAGCUAGGAAGAGCUACAGCUUUAAGUGUAACCCCUGAAAUGGAAAGAGUGAAGAAGAAUCAAGAAAACAUUAGCUCGGUGAAAUAUACCCAGGAUCAUAAACAGAUGAAAGGUAGAGCAAGUCUGGUUCUAGAUACGCCUAGUCUGAGACAUGUUAAAGAAGCACAAAACCAUAUUUCAAUGGUAAAAUACCAUGAAGAUUUUGAGAAGACGAAGGGGAGGGGCUUUACCCCCGUCAUGGAUGACCCUGUGACAGAGCGCGUGAGGAAGAACACUCAGGUUGUCAGCGAUGCCGCCUACAAAGGCGUUCAGCCUCACGUGGUGGAGAUGGACAGGAGACCCGGAAUCAUUGUCGACCUCAAAGUGUGGCGCACGGAUCCUGGCUCCAUCUUCGACAUUGAUCCCCUGGAGGACAAUAUUCAGUCUAGGAGUCUGCACAUGCUCUCUGAAAAGGUGAGUCUCUAUAGGAGACAGCGGUCUCAAUCCCAUUCCAGCAGUACCUUUGGUACAGGUCUGGGAGAUGACAAGUCAGAAAUCUCCGAGCUCUACCCUAGUAUUUCAUGCUGCAGUGAGGUUACAAGACCAUCCGAUGAAGGAGCGCCUGUGCUUCCUGGGGCUUACCAGCAGGGCCAUUCCCAAGGCUAUGGGUACAUGCACCAGGCAAGCAUGUCUUCCAUGAGGUCUAUUCAGCACUCACCAAACCUGAGAACCUACCGAGCCAUGUAUGAUUACAGUGCCCAGGAUGAAGAUGAGGUCUCUUUCCGAGAUGGUGACUACAUUGUCAAUGUGCAACCCAUCGAUGAUGGCUGGAUGUACGGCACGGUGCAGCGGACCGGGAGGACGGGCAUGCUCCCGGCGAAUUACAUCGAGUUCGUCAAUUAAUUCUUUCUCCCUGCCCUUUGAGCUUUAUUCUAAUGUAUUCUAAACCUAAUCUUUUUAAAACCUAGAAGAUACUUUUAAGACAACUUGGCAGUUAUUUUCCAAUAAUGUACCCUUGCUUUGACAAUUACACACAAGGUACCAGGAAGUAGGAAUGACUUUGGCCCGAAAACAGCAGCAUUCUCAGUAAUUCUUGUAAACAAAAUCAUGAAUUGUAGAGGCCUGGUGCUGCUAAUUGUGUUUGUGGCUUCCUUUGAUUGGCUCCUGAACCCUUCUUGGAAAUGUAUUUUUGUAGACUUUAAUAGAGAUGUCAAUUGUCCCUUAUAUGUAAUGAGUGUAUGAAACUUCUUAGCUGUCCCUUUGGAAUAACCAGAAGCUGUUCUCUUCACUCAGCAACACAGCCAGUAAGUUAUAAACUGGUUAGCUUUGGAGUCAUUAGACAAUUUGCAAUUCAAGGGAAAGUUGCCUGAUAUAAUAAAUGUAAGCAGCGGCAGAAUGACAAUCUGCUUAGAGUUAGUGUCACACUAACUGGCUGGUGGCCUUAGGGACCAAAGAGGACAUUUCCUUGUUCCUGAGGCCACUGGGGUCUGUUUGUGUCUUGUUUUUACCAAGGCCUCUCCUACUUUCCAUUUCCAUUCUCUGGACCUGAGUUUAGCUUGGUCCCACUGAAUGUCAGGACCAAAUAAUGUCAUAGCUACUCUGCAGAGAGCAAAGUUUAAUGUCAUCUGUAUUAUUUCCCUAGGAGUGUUUAGCCUGUUGCAUGUCCUGUAGGUUUGGCUUCUGUUACUAAAACAAAUCAUGUGGCUGAUAUGUACAAACUCUAUCUGCCUUCUCCUUAUCAGCUCAUCAGAAAAACAUCUUUAAAAGUUGCUUGAGAUUUUCUUGCUGUGUUGCAGUCUAGACUUGAAGGCCUGACACCUUAGAAAAUAUGUGUUUACUCCAGUAAAUAAGUGACUUGGCUACUUACUGAACAGUCUUUAUUAGCUUAAUGCCACUUUUGAAUUAAAAGUCAAGAAAAUUUAACAGGACCCAAUAAAAAUAUGAAAUUUGUUCUACAAACAAACAAACAAACAAAACCUUAGCAAAAGAGUUUGCUUUGCCCAGAGAUGAUUUGGUUUCUUAUUUUGGAAAAUGAUACUCAAAUUCAAGAAUGGUAAUAUAGCCUUUCAGACUAGUUCAUCAUAAAAUUUCAUUUCUACUGUUUUGUUUUUUUUUCCAAAUUACCUUCAAAGGAUGAGAUAGGAAUGCCAUAGGAGAUUUUUCAGGGUAGUUUCCAAAAAAAGAAUGAGCAUGUUUUGAGUGACUUUUCAGGUUUUUGCUAGAUUCCCAGCCACAGAUGUAAACCAUGCUGGAUUUGCUCAAUGCCUGAAUAAAGGUCACCAGUAGAUUGAUGUCCAUCAGCAACUCUGCAUUUUUCUGAUUGUGUCCUUUCGUUUGACUUGCAACAUCAUAAAACUCAUAGAGGGUCCGACUGUCAUUGUGAUGAAACUGAAAACUGCAGAGUUACAAAAAUAUCUUGGUGGUAUCUACUUUGUGUAUUAAGAGAGAUUGACAAAGCAUUCUGUUACAACAUCUUUUAUUGAAAUGUUUACUAGCCUAAAGGCCAAAGCUGGUUCAUUUUUACCUUUUCAGAGUUAGUAACACACUUUUGAAAAUCUGCACUUUCCUUUUAUUAAGCUUAAAGAACAAAAUAAAUGUCAUAUACUAAAGCUGUAGCUAUAUGAUAGAGAUAUAAAAAUUGAAAAGAGAAAAAUUCAGGCAGACUACUAGAGAUUUUUUGGAAAGGGUUUUACAGAUUACCUGAUAACCAGCUUACUUGAUUUUUUUGUCACUUAUAUGACCAGUGGAUUAAAUUGAUUAAACUGCGUAUCUGUCUUGACAUCUUGUAUACAGAUCUAAUUUUGCAAAAAUCUGCAUUAAAACCAAUGGCAAUAAGCCCGCUUAAUUUUACUAUACUAAAUAAUGCCUUUGUAUUUCACUGAGUCAGACCAUUUUUUUGUAUGUGGAUAUAAAAAAUCAUUGUUGAUUAAAUUUUCAGACUAAAUGUAGGACAGGUACAAAUUUUGAUACACAGCACAUAUAAUCAGGGAUGGCAUCAUACAAUCAUAGCUUGUUGCCUCAUGCUUUUCUCAUCCACUAAUUUUAAAAUCAGAUUCAAUGAAUGUAAAAGUCCUAAAAUUUGAAGCUACUUGCAAUGUUUACGUAGCAAAAUGCUUAAGCCUUUAGGAAUUAAGAUAUGAUCAGAAUUCAACUAGAGAGUAUUUAUUUUCAAUAAAGACUGAAGCAGAACAAGA